GUUUCAUCAUGGCUUCCCGUCUGACAGGUCGGCUGCUACGAAGUAGAUUAUUUGCAAACAACAGCCAUGCAUGGAAUUGGAAUUGGAAAGUGUGCCAGUGCUCAGCCCGAUCACUCUCCCUUUUCACUCAGAAUGGUGGUCAGCCCUCAUUGCUGCGAGACGAUGUCCGACUCUCUCAAAUUCUUCUCCAAAAACGACAGAUUUUCAUUCAGACACAGGAAACUCCAAAUCCAAACAGUCUUAAGUUUAUCCCAGGCAGAACCAUUCUUGAGUCGGGCACCAGGGACUUUCCCACGGCCAAAUCUGCACAGAUCUCACCCUUAGCAAAGCAGUUGUUUCGAAUAGAUGGAGUGAGAGGUAUUUUCUUUGGCACAGACUUCAUUACUGUAACAAGGAUUCAUGAUGAUGUAGAUUGGCAGGUGUUAAAGCCUCAGAUUUUUGCCACCAUUAUGGAUUUCUUUGCAACUGGUUUACCUGUGAUGUCUGAGGAGGAGGCUCCAGCUGACACAGCUGCAGACUGUGAAGAUGAUGAGACUGUACAAAUGAUUAAGGAGCUAAUUGACACUAGGAUUCGUCCCACUGUGCAGGAAGAUGGGGGAGACAUUAUUUACAUGGGGUUUGAGGAGGGUAUUGUGAAGCUGAAGAUGCAGGGCUCAUGCACCAGCUGCCCAAGCUCAGUGGUUACCUUGAAGAAUGGAGUUCAGAACAUGUUACAGUUCUAUGUGCCAGAGGUCAUGGGCGUCAUCCAGGUAUAUGAUGAAGCGGAUAAUGUGACAGAGUCUGAGUUCAAGAAACUCGAGGACAAACUUGGGGAAACCUAAAGCUGGAUGUACGUGUAAUGCUCUUACCUAAUCAAACAAACUGCAUACGCUUCCCCCAGUCCCUUAACCACAGUGUCACAUUGCUCUUAUUUGGGUUGUUAUGGUUAUUUUCGGUACACGCUGGCUUACAUGACGUGAAAUUUCCUGAUGUUGGGUCCACACUUUUCAGAAGAGUGGACGCAGCAUUAAAGCUGUGUAUAGUUAUAUAAUACGAUAAAGAAUCAAGAAAACUCAGCAGAAUUGUGUAUUUCAUGUUGUAGGAUUUUGCAUGGUGACAAGCUAUUUAGAAUUGUGUCACUUAAUUUGUUCUUUGAAGGAGAGAAGAGAUAUCAGAGCCAGGCAGAAUACCCU